GAUCUAACCUAGAGGUGGGUCCUUGUCUGAUCCUGGAAACGGAUCUGAACUUGAAACUUUCCAAGCUUUCAGAGCAAUCCAGUAGCAGGAGCAAGGGUGGCUGGGGUGCCCUGCAAUGGGAGGAGCUCCAGGCCCAGCCCUGGAGGCCCCAGGGCUCAGGGGCCCACUCAGAUUGUGCCAGAGAGCAAGAGAGGGGAACUGGGGUUUGUGAGCAUUGUGGCUUCUGUUUCCUGUUUCAGCAAGGUUGCUGUGCAAAAGAAAGGCCGCACCAAGAAGGGAAACACUAAGGGGGCCCAAGCCAUGGACUGAGAACUUGCAUUUUACCCAGCUGCUGCAGUGCUCCACUGAGACCAGAGCCACGACCUGCCAGGACUGACUGGAGCUUUCUCCUGACCAGCCUGGGACCUGGAGAUUCAGGCAGCUAUUCAAGGAGCUGGAAGCCAAGCACAACAGGUGUUCGGGAGGGCGUCAUGAUCAGCCCAGACCCCAGGCGCUCCCUUGGCGUGGCUCGGUGGGCUGAGAGCUACGAGGCGAAGUGCGAGCGGCGGCAGGAGACCCGGGAGAGCCGCCGCUGCCGGCCCAACGUGACCACUUGCCGCCAGGUGGGGAGGGCCCUGAGGACCCAGCAAAGAGAGCAACUGCGGAGAGCUCGACAACUGCAGUUCUUCAGGAGGAGGAACUUGGAGGUAGAGGAGAAAGGCCAGGCCCAGCGUCUCCGGGCCAAGGAGCAAGGCCACUCCAGGAGGCCAGGACAGGCAGCUGUCUUCAAGGAGUCUUUGUCUUCUUCCAAGAGGACUGCUCCCCUUGAACAGCAGGGUCUUGCUGCCAACAUGGACGUUUUCAGUGUGCAAGAGGAAUUGUACACGGCUGACUAUGACCACCACUGCCCCCCUGCCUGGCUCCCCACUCUGCUUCUCUUCACAAUGCUGUGGCCACCCAAAGCUACCCCUAAAAAGGAAGCCAUCCGCAGACAUCGCAUGGACAGGAGGCCCAGACGCAGAGCAGGCAGGGUGACAGGGACCAGCUCCGAGGUCCUUUCAAUACAGUGUCAUUCUCCCUCAAGCGUCCACAGGGAUCUGGCUGAGCGCUACUUCUCACAAGUGGAGGCCCCUCCACCACAAGACUCUCACAUCACCAAGCCUCCCAAACGCCAUUGCGGCACUCAGACAAAGGCAGAAGAUACACAGCCAACAAUUAAGAAUGAUGCCAGUCAGCAAACCAAUUACGGAGUUGCAGUUCUGGAUAAGGAAAUCAUCCAGCUUUCUGAGUACCUCAAAGAGGCCCUGCAAAGGGAGCUGGUCCUAAAACAGAAAAUGGUGAUUCUCCAAGACCUACUAUCUGCCUUGAUUCGGGCUUCAGACAGCUCUUGGAAGGGACAGCUGAAUGAAGACAAACUGAAGGGCAAACUGAGGUCCCUGGAAAACCAGCUCUACGCCUGUACCCAGAAGUACUCCCCUUGGCGAAUGAACAAGGUGCUGCUGGAGAUGGAAGACCAGAAAAACAGCUAUGAGCAGAAGGCCAAGGAAUCACUGCAGAAGGUGCUAGAGGAGAAAAUGGGCGCAGAGCAGCAACUACAGAGCACACAGCGGUCCCUGGCCCUGGCAGAGCAGAAGUGUGAAGAGUGGAGGAGUCAGUAUGAGGCUCUGAAGGAGGCCUGGAUGACCCUAGGGGCACAGCACAGAGAGCAGGAGAGCCAACUCCACGUGCUUCAGUCCAAAAUACAGGGAGCAGACAGCAGAGACGCACAGAUGAACCAGACCCUGCGACUUUUGAAGAAUGAGCACGAGGAGCUGCAGGCCAAGAUUGAAUGCCUGCAAGGGGAGCAAGACCUGUGCGCCUCCAAUUCCCAGGACCUGCAAGAUCAACUAAAGAGGUCUGAGGAGGAGAAACUCGCCCUGGAGGCCAAAGUACAGCAGCUGCAGAGUCUGCUUCAGAAUCAAUCCUUACAGCUUCAAGAACAGGAGAAACUCUUAAAGAAAGAUCAGGCCUUGCCUAUGUGGACUCCAAAGCCUUCCCAGGAAGUGGAGCCUGAGGGUACAGGGAAGAACAAAGACUGGGAUCUCAAAGACCAGCUGCAAAAGAAGACUUUGCAGCUUCAGGCCAAGGAACAAGAGUGCACAGAGCUGCAUUCAGAGUUAGACAACCUCAGUGACGAGUACCUCUCCUGCCUGCAUAAGCUACAGCACUGUCGAGAAGAGCUGAAACACAGCCUGCAACUGCCUCCAAGAGUAAGAGGGUCCAUCUUCCUGUACAGCACUAGAUGCUGGUGGGACAAUUCCUCUUUUAGCCAAACCUUAAAGAUAAAAUUUAUCAGCCCACACCAACAUCUGACCAUCCUGUCCCAUUCCACUUGGUUUAUACUAUGCUGACAUGAAACCAUGCAACCAUGAAGGAAACACUAGUUGAUGCAUCCAAGCCUAGAACUCUUUUGCCCAGAGAGAAAGACUUACUACACACUGAACAUCCCUAAUCUGAAAUUUUUUAAUGUGAAAUGCUCUGAAUCUGAAAUUUUUGAACACUAGCAUGAAUUCUGGAACAGCUGGGCAUGGUGCCCCAUGCUUAUAAUUCCAGUAUGCAGGAGGCUGAGGCAGGAGGAUCACUGAGUCAAGGACAGCCUGGGCUACACAGCGAGACCCUGUCUCAAAACAAAAAAAGUUCUGAAGCAUUUCUGAUUUCAUAGUAUAUGUAAUUACAAAACUGAGAAACUCCACAAUCUGAAACACUCCUGGUCCCAAGCAGUCCAGAUAAAUACUCAAUCUGUACUAGCUCAAGUAUGAAAGAGUAUUCUUUGUGAACAGGACAAGCACAGAAGAGAAAAGCACUGAGGCACAUGGCCACAAAAUAUAAUUGUGCUUGGUUCUUUUCUACCCUUCAUUACUCCCUUCAACAUUUAAAUGCCUGGUCCCUAUUUAUGCUCCCUGGGCUAGCAACCACUAGUAAAGUGGCUGUAUCUCAAGGGAGGUGACAGAAACCAGGACACACAAGUAAAAAACAGUUUCUCUGCCACGAACUGAAGCUUUCCACUGGGCUAGAAUAGGAUUAUUUUUGCCCAUUUUUUCCUCCAACUCAUGGCUGCCUUCUCCGGUCCCCUUCUCCUUUCACACAGAGGCACUGUGGCCGAUGGCUCCCGAUGCUGAUGGUAGUGAUUGCUACAGCACUGGCAGUACUCCUGGCCAACAAGGACAGCUUGAUGAUCU